AUGCCGCGGCGCUGGCAGGGAGCUGUCCUUCAGCACCACCCGCAGCAGCGCGGCGGCUCGCCCCGCCGCCAGCCCCCGCGGCGGCCGGGAUCUGUCCGGCGCCGGAGCCCCGGCGAGCGCUCGCCCGCCGCCCUGCGCCACCAGCCCGCCGCGGGGCGCCCGCCGCCGGCAGCGCUUCCCCGCCGCAGCCCCGCAGCCCAGCCCCUGCCCCCGCGAGCCCACGACCCGGGGGGGCGCCCCCGCCGCCGCCGCUGCGCAGCGAAGCCGCCCCCCGCCCCGGGCGGCUGCCGCCUCCCGCGGGGUGCGCAGCCCGGCUGCGGAGCGGAGGAGCGGGCUCGCGUGCGGCAGCCCCCCGCUCAGCCGCGGGGCCCCGCGCGGCGCGUCCCCCGCCCGCCUUUGCCGCCGCUGCGCCUGCCGCCCGGGGAGAGCAAACCGCCGCGCCGGCUGGAGCCCGAACCGCAGCGCUGCCGCGGCCAGCAGCGAGCCCGGGGCGAGGCGGGGCGGCGAGCUCCGAGCCCGCGGCCGCGCCAGCGGCUCGCAAACUUCCCCGGCGCCGGCGGCUCCUGCGCGUCGCGGCGCUGCGGGUCCCAGAGCCCCCCAGAGCAGCAGCUGGGAGUAGAACCCAGGAGUCCUGACUCCACCUGCCCCACUAGCCCGCCCUCCACUAAAGCUAUGUGUGGAAUGAUACAGAAGCUAAAAGCACAGCUGUAA